AUUUUUGUGUUGUGUUGUGAGAAAAAAUGGCUGCUCAUCUGUCCUACGGCAGAGUGAAUUUAAACAUUUUAAGAGAAGCGGCACGAAAAGAACUUCGAGAGUUUUUGGACAAAUGCGCGGGAAGUAAGGCCAUAGUUUGGGAUGAGUAUCUGACAGGACCUUUUGGACUAAUAGCUCAGUAUUCUCUGCUGAAGGAACAUGAGGUGGAAAAAAUGUUUACCCUCAAGAGUGGCAGACUCCCCUCUGCUGAUGUCAAAAACAUCAUCUUCUUUGUUCGUCCCAGGCUGGAGCUUAUGGACAUCAUUGCUGACAAUAUAUUCAGUGAAGGCAAGCUGCAUUCAUCACGAGACUUCCACAUUUUGUUUGUGCCUCGGCGGAGCAUGCUGUGUGAGCAGCGGCUGAAAGAGCAGGGCGUGCUGGCCUCUUUCACCAACAUUGAUGAGUACAUCCUGGAUCUGAUUCCUUAUGAUGGAGACCUGCUCUCUAUGGAGUAUGAAAGUGCUUUCAGGGAGUGCUACCUGGAAAAUGACCUGACGAGCCUGUACCACACAGCCAAAGGUCUCAUGACCCUGCAGGCGCUUUACGGCACCAUUCCACAGAUUUUUGGGAAGGGAGACUGUGCACGGCAUGUUGCCAACAUGAUGUUGCGGAUGAAGAGGGAGUUUGCUGGCACUCAGAAUCAGAUUCUGCCGGUGUUUGACACUCUUCUCCUCCUGGACCGCAACAUUGACCUGCUCACACCUCUAGCUACACAGCUCACUUACGAAGGCCUCAUUGAUGAGAUCUAUGGAAUAACUAACGGAUAUGUCAAGCUUCCUCCUGAGAAGUUUGCACAGAAGAAGCAAGGAGAAGCUAGCAAAGAUUUACCCACAGAGCCCAAGAAGUUACAGCUCAACUCAGCAGAAGAGCUGUAUGCAGAAAUCCGGGACAAAAAUUUCAAUGCUGUUGGUGCUGCACUCAGCAAAAAGGCUAAAAUCAUUUCUGCAGCGUUUGAGGAACGCCACAAUGCUAAAACUGUGGGAGAGAUAAAGCAGUUUGUGUCUCAGCUACCUCACAUGCAGGCAGCACGGAGCUCACUGGCCAACCACACUUCUAUUGCUGAGCUUAUUAAAGACAUAACCACAUCUGAGGCCUUCUUUGAUAACCUCACAGUGGAGCAGGAGUUCAUGACUGGUGUGGAUACAGACAAGGCCAACACGUACAUCGAAGACUCCAUUGCCCAGAAGGAUCCACUGAUCAAGAUCCUGCGUUUGGUGUGUAUGCAGUCAGUCUGCAACAACGGCCUCAAGCAGAAGGUGCUGGAUCACUACAAGAGGGAGAUACUUCAGACCUAUGGCUUUGAACACAUACUUACACUGAACAACCUGGAGAAGGCAGGUCUAUUGAAGCUGCAGUCGAGCUCAAGGAACAACCAUCCCACCAUUAGAAAAACCCUUAAACUGUGGAUGGAGGAUGCCAAUGAGCAGAACCCAAAUGACAUCUCAUACGUGUACAGCGGCUACGCUCCUCUGAGCAUCCGACUGACUCAGGUGUUGGCGAGGCCUGGCUGGCGUAGCAUCGAAGAGGUGCUGAAGAUGCUUCCAGGUCCACACUUUGAGGAGAGACAGCAGCUGCCAUCCGGACUUCAUAAGAAACGCCAACAGGGGGAAAAUCGAACAACGCUGGUUUUCUUCCUCGGUGGAGUGACAUAUGCAGAGAUAGCUGCUCUGCGUUUCCUCUCCCAGAUGGAAGACAGCGGGAUGGAGUACGUUAUAGCCACAACAAAGCUAAUCAAUGGCACAACGUGGAUCAAAUCCCUCAUGGACCGGCCUGAAGCCCAGAUGCCCUGAGCCACUGGACACAUCCUCCUCAGCUCCUGUUUUUAGGCUCACACAAUGUAAUCCACAUCCCCCCACCCCCCCACCCCCCCAAAAAAACUGAUUGUUGCUUCUUUUGUUUUAUCUUUAUUUGUUCUAUUAUUACAUGACCAUAAAUAUUGUAAAUAUGUAUUUAAACUUGUGUGAUGCUGAAGGAAAACGUGAGAUGAACGUUGCUCCUCCUUUAAAAAGCUUUUUUUCCCGUCAUGUGCUUUUUGCUGAGGUUCAGAAUGAGUAAAUAAACAAAUAAUCAACCUAAA